AUUAAGUGCACAGUCAGUCUGUAUUAAGCCAUCGACCAUGAAGAUGUCUCUUGUUCUGCUUUCGCUGAUACCUCGAUUGCUGGGGGUCACAUCCCAGCUCUCGGUUAAACUGGAAGAUGUGAUCACCACAACGGCGCCCAAACUGAGUCCUUAUUGCCAGCCUAAGUUGUGCCCCAAAGGACAAACCCAUGUGGCUUGUGAAAGCUAUUACAAAAGUCUAUACCGCACCUGCUCCGCCAAGGAGACGGUUUUAGUGAACAUGACGAUCCUCGCGGAGACUAUUCUGAAGCAGCACAACGAGCGGCGGUAUUUGCUGGCCAGCGGUAAGGAUUCCUCACUGCCACGUGCCGCUCGAAUGGUGGCCAUGCAGUGGGACGAGGACCUGGCCGCCGUGGCAGGAUUCAAUGCCAGGAUGUGUCAGCCCAAGCACGACGACUGCCGCAACACGAUUAAAUUUCCGCGAUCCGGUCAGAAUAUUAUUGUAUUCAAUAUGACACGGCAAGUGGAUAAAGAACUGAUGGAGAAACUCUACCCGAAGCUGGUGUCCAUUGCGGUGAAGACGUGGUGGACGGAGUCGCAAAAGAUGUCCGCCGUGAACAUGGAGCUCUAUCCGUGUGAUGAGAAAAAGCAGGAAGCGUACCGCCACUUUGCGGUCAUGGCCAUCGAGGGCAACUCGCACGUGGGCUGCGCCGGACUGCGCUACGUGGUGGACAACCUGACCCAGUUCAAGCUCACCUGCAACUACGCCCGGGCUCCGGUCUGCGGACAGCCGAUCUACCGCUUCCAGCCCGUAGGAUGCCAGACGGGCCGCAACAAGAAGCACUCGUCCCUGUGCUCGCCAACGGAACUCUUUCGCUGAGUUUUUCGCGAAAGCCACUCACUGCGAAAAGCCACAUUAACGCAUCUUAUUUAUCCAUGUUUGUCCGAAAUCUGGCCCACCUGGCCAUGAAUACCAGCCAACGAGUGGCCAAAACGAACGGGCAUGUCCCACAGCUGCACAUGCAAAAUUUAAACAACUCCAUCGGAAUGGAAUUUCUGCCAAUUUCCUGUGACGAGCCCGGCCCGAGGUCCUUGGCGUUCCUGGCAGGAAGUAUCGAUGGCGGUGCAAUUACCUGCAUAACAGCCGGCAAAAAUAGUCACACUGUAAAAUAAUGAUUUGAAACGAUGGAGCUCAGGCUAGCGAAUUUAACAGAAUGUUCACACCUAUUUUUUUUUUUAGAGAUUUGGGCUUAUAAAAAUUUAAGACAGAUUAUUAAACAUAUUAUUAAAAAUGGUAGAAGUGCUUCCUAA